AUGUCCGAGAGUCUUGACACGUCUGAUGGCCAUCUCGAAGUGUCGACGGAUGAUGACGGUCGGGUCCAUCAACAAAACAGGGAGACUUCGGCGCUUUCCGGCAAAGAUUACGUCGACCGGCUACCACAUGAAGUCCUAGUCUUUGUCUUCGUGUUGGUGCCCGAACCAGAUAAGCGAGGCGUCCAACACGUUCCAGACGACUUGCCCAAGGUGUUCAACCUGCGGCUCGUGUGCCAACUAUGGUACUAUCUGUGUGAAAUCACACCCCAACUGUGGAGGUCCAUAAUUGAGCGGAACUUCAUGCACGCGGAAUGGGUAAAGCUUGCGCUCGAUCGUACCCGUGGCCAGAAACUGAAUCUGGAGAGGCUCGACGAGACUAGCACACUGUCUCCAGCUAUCUCAGGGGCGUGGAAACGCACAUUCCCGCUUCUGUACGAGGGGGUGCUGCGGCAGGGUCGGGCACGUGAGAUCACUGGCGAUGACAAUUGGAUUACGCCUCCGGGUGCGGUCCAGCCCGACUGGACGUCCAUCAUCAGAUCAAUGCGGGCAAACGAGUUGGAAGUGUUCGAGUUGACGCUGAUCACGCCCGUCAACCUGAAUUUUGGAGCUGUUCUUGACGAGGGGGCGUUUUCGGGGGCGAUACCACCCAAACUGUGGUCCUUCAGUAUUCAAGGCGGCCUCAUCCUGCCCAGUUCUACGGUGCUCUUGGCCCGCUCUCUCACACACCUCAGCCUCAAGUACUGCCGAUUCGGCUGCACAAUUCGGGAACUCUUUUGCCUAAUCGGCGAGAUGUCUCUCCUGUCGGAGUUGGAGCUGUCAACGGGCGAGUAUGACGACCGCACCUUGGUGGACGACAAUGAUCAUGGGUCCCCUAGGGAUCCAGUGACCCUCCCAAACUUGCUGAAACUCAAACUCAGCAUGUCGCUCAGAUGUAUCGAGGCCGUAUACGACACCGUCGACAUUCCGGACCGAUGCCGCGUUUCGGACGCAAUUUCCAUACGAGUCGGGACGCCCGUUUCCACCGUGACUGCAGCGCUGGACCGCAUGUAUGCAAAGCACUUGCUCACAGUGUUUUCGGUCUCUGGCGGCGUGGACGAGACGAAGGUGUCCAUCUCGUUUGAUACCGGCGAUCCACCCUGCCCUGCAAUGCUUCUGUCCAUCCAGUCUUUGACGACGCAAGAGAAGCGAUUCUCGUUAUUGCUGAUACCCGGAUCACAUGUACACGACCAUUCGGACAUGAAGUCCGUCUGUCUUCAUGCCGCCGAGGCGUGGCCGGCUUUCAAGCAUGCAACCGUGCUGAGCGGCGAAUUGCUUCCGAAAGGGAUCUGGAAAGACACGCUGGCACUCCUGCCUUCCAUCAAAGCUAUAGAAGCUUUGCAGUCAUUGUCCGAUCUGGAAGACGCGCUGUUGGGCGUCAGUGACAAUGCUUAUCCGAGACAUUUGCAAGGCAUCUUUGUCCACGAGAUCGAGCGCACAAAAUCGCUGUUUGACGGGCUAUUGCGUGGAUUGGACCGCACCCCGGUACCCAGAAAUCUUGAGGAGCAAUAUCGCAUCGUGUGCGACUGGAGUGUCUCUCUUGAGAAUCUGUGA